AUGGCCGACAAUCCAAACGAGGACCAUGAGAACUGGAAUGAAACUCCAGGCAACGGAGAGUAUAACAUUGACGAGAACAAUGCUUUGAUUUUUUCCGAUGAGCCAUAUGAGCACAUUCCUGGAGGCCAUGCUGUUGCCAAUCUGCCAGAGACUACUGCCUCCUCCACCGUGCAUAGUGUUGUUCGGCAGAGAGCUGCAUACAACCUUGAAUCGUUAGAAGACCAUAUGAACCAUACAGGUUUCAAUUUUUUGUCAUUGAACAUGCCUAGAAAUGUCGGGCAUCAGUCAGACCCGAUGGUUCCAGCCUUGCUCGCACGUUGCAAUUCGGUCAACAACGAUAAGUCUGAAACUCUACCUGAGCGGCGAGACGAAACAAGCCCUUUAAGGUUUGACAAACACGAAGCUCACGAAGCCCACGAACCCUCGGUCACAAUCACUAGUCAAGAACACGACCUAGUUGCAGCUGAGGCAACCACGGCAGCUCCACUGGCUGCAGACGAACCUGAUGUCGAGAAUUUAUCGAUCGCCGAGCCAGCUGAAGAAGCAGGAGCACCAUCUAUAGAGUAUCCCAGUCAUGCUGAUGGCACACCACAGGCUGAGCCUACUGACCAACAAUUCGAAGGGUCAUGUGGUGGUGCCACUCAGUUCGGCAGCCAACAGACAUCCGCAUCAGAUCCUCGCCUAGACAUGAUGAAUUUCAGGCCAUGGAACUUUCGUGUUAGCUCAAGAAUACCAUCCAAGGACACUUCAUGUCUAGGCACACCUCAGCGAAGACCACAAAGUCCACCACAGUCUGUAUUGAAGCCUCAGAACAGAGACUCAAAGGUCAGGAAGGUCCCACGCAGACCAUCUGUAUGUAAUUCGUCACCCUCAAUGAACGGCCCAUCCUCAACCUCAUUAUCAGAAGAGGAUAUAACGUUGUUGUUGUUCCGCAGACGACGACAACAGGCCGAAUCUAGUGCUCAAUUACUCAAAUCAUAUCGACUUGCAGUAUCCGAGAACGAGCAACUCAAGAUUGCUAACGCCGAGGGUCAACAAGAGUUACAUGAUACUGUCAGCAAGUGGCAUGCUAGCGUCAAAGAGAACCAUGUUCACGAGGCAGAACUUCGAGCAUUCAAAGACAAGUACAUCAAGCUCAAAGGAUGGGCUCAGGACAUUGCCAAGGACUAUGCAGAGUUGAAAGAGAGCUUCGAUGUAUCCUUCCAGGAACUGAAAGCUCUCGACACACUCAGAGCAGCAUCCAGGACUGAUGUAGAGAAAAUGCUGUCUGAUUGUGACUCGGCUGUCAAGCAGGUCAGCAUUCUGAAGAGCGAAAUCGGCGAAAUCAAAGCAGAAUCAGCUCGAUCUGAUGUGUUGCAAGACAAGCUUGCUCAAGAAAAAACAAAAGUGCGAGAGGAACAGCUUCGAAACAAGAAUCAUGCAUUUUAUAUCGAACGACUCGAAACCUCGCGAUGUGCCAUGCAAGCCAGUUUCAGCAAGAGACAGGAUGAACUGACAAACGAGCUCACGGGACUCAAGACUGCUCUUGAAAAGCAGGAUGGGAACAUGUCCAUCAACAUCGUGACAUCUAUCCUUCAAGCUCUGGAAGAGAUUCGGGAACGAGCUGAGCACGGUACCAUGGAUGCUGGUGAGCUCAAAAACCUUCAGACUCUGGUAGAGAAGAACCAGGAAGUAGUGAAAGAGGCGAUGGUAGAUAUCAGAAACGGUCAGCAUGAUCAACAAGCUGCGACUCAACUGCAGCUUUCGAGUCUGGUUGGUGCCAUCGACAAGUUGCAACCCGAUGUGCAAUACAUGACAACCUUGCAACGCAAUAGAGCCGAAAUGGCUCAGAAGAUGAGAGAUCAGGAGGAGUUUCUCAGGUCCACCCAGCGCGAGAAGAACACACAACAAUUGUUCACUGCUGGAUUGUUGGAAGCUCACAAACAGAUAGCCAGGAGAAUCUCUGUUGCUGAGGACCAGUCAGAGAAGGCGAAGUCAAGUGAACAAUGGCGGUCUAGAUACCUUCAAGAACAAAGCUUAGCGUCUUCCAGAGCCGGCGAAUUAUUAGAACUUCAGUCAGAAUUAGCGAACACGAGAGAGGAUCUGCAAGUGAAGUCAGCAGAAAUAGUGGAGCUGAACAAUAACAUUGAGGAAGGUAAGAACAAGGUCAAGGUUCUGGAGGAUCAACUUUCCUCAAAGCAAUUUGAAUGGCAAAAGAAACGCAAGGAUCUUGCAGAAAGUCAUCAGAGUGAGGUUACUUCUUGCCAAGAGCAGCUCGACACAAAAGUUUCAGAAUUGUCACAGAGGUCCAGCGAUCUCCAGAAACAGACGAUAAUUAACGAUGCAUUGAGGUCGCGAAUUGCUGAGCUCGAAAAUUUGGAGACAGAGCUCAAUGAUCAAUUGUUGCAGCGAGAUAAUCAACUUCAGGAAGAAGGCCGGCAGAUCACUGCCCUAGAGUCAGACACACGAAGCCCAAGAGAGCAGAUGGAGGCCAUGGCGACCAUGGCGACCAUGAAUCAGCAAAUCAAUCAGCUGCAAGUUAGCACUGACGAGCUGGCUGCCCUGAAAACACGAUUGGAUUGUGUUGAUAGAGGAGAAGCAAUGCCCGGCAGCGACGUGUAUCAGGAGGGGUCUGUGCUGUUCAAGAUUCAACGACAGCUGAAAUUGAAGGAUGAGCUUGCUGCGUCUUGCAAAGCCUUGGAGGACAAGCUCACAGCCUCGACGAACGAGCUGGCCAAACUCCAGCACCUGCCUACAGAAAUUCAGACUCUGCAGAGAGCUCAGUUUGACAUAAGCAGCAAGUACAACGAUGUUGUAGCGAAAUAUCAGGAUGCUUUCCGAGAGGCACAGAAAGUGGGUGGUCUUGAACACGAACUUGCAGAGUGCAAAAAGGAGAUCGAAGAUGCACAGAGUUCAUUGAAGAGUGUAAGAGAGUCGCUCAUUACGGCCCAGCACUCUGCGGAUCAGUUACCUAAACUGCGGAGAAGUCUCGAAAUAGCCGAGAGGCUGAAGACCGAAUUCGAGGCGGGCAUGAAGGCUCGCGAUGUCUUAAUAGAAGACCUACGAAUGAAGAACAGGGAGAACGAGGAGCUGGUUACAGGUCUUCAGAAUCGGGUUGCAAAGCUCGAUGAUCUCGAGGAACAGGUAGAACAGCUUCAGGAUGAAGCACGACAGAAGAGUACUCGCCUAGUGGAGAUGACAAGCAGCCACGAUGCGCUUGAGAACAGCAACAAAAAGUUUGACUUACUUCGACAUUAUAUCGAUGAGGAGCACAUUGAUCAGUUUGACGAGGAGAUCAUCCUCUCGUUCAAAAAUGUUAUCAACCAAACUCAAUCUGAACGACGAGCCACUCAAGACACCGAACAGCAGUCAGCAGAUGCCGACGCUGUGAGACCACCCCGACGAGCAGCAAAUCGAGGCAUCAUACAGACGGCUGAGGGACCCGUUGUCCCUGACUCUCAAAGCCAAUGGCUCGAUAUGCGACCUCCAGAACCUGUUCAGCCUGACCCAAGCUUCGAUAUGGACGACGAGUUGUUCGAAGAUGCUUUCGACCUAGAAGCAGCUACACAAAUUGUGGAGAGUUCAGGUCAGAACAUGAGGCAGCUUGCAAAAAACGUGCCUGUUAACCAGCAUGAAGUAGCACAUAGUCGGCCUGGAACCGCCAGUGAUGAGAUGCUACUUCGCUCAGAGGAUAGCAUAACAGGAGAAAGUGGAUCAGGUCGGACUCCUGCCGAAGUUCGAGUAGCUGAAGGCGUUCAAACUACCAGUCCCAUGAAAACUCGAGCUGGUUCACUGAUUCAACAUGGAAUGCCAAUGCCAGAAAGUCAGAGCAGAGUCCCAACAACACCACAUGCAAAUUCACGGGCGUCUCCCGCGCCGAAUUCGGCCAUGAAGCGUAAACAAACGACUAUCGCUCCUGAAAGUGCCGUGAAACGAGUACGUACACGGGCAGGCAACGAAACAGACCUAGAGGGAAGAAGCAUGUCGCAAGCUUCGCAUACGUCCAAGACGACGCGAUUUGACAACCACAGCUCUGGCAUGACCUGUCGAACAAUAGCAGGAGAUCUGGUGGUGUUAUCGGAACCAAUGCACCUGUUCCAGGACAACGAAAAAAGACUAAUGCUCCAGCGAAAACGACGUCCAAGCAUGCCCAAUACCAGGCUCGUUUCAAUGAAGGUUCUUCGUAAACCGCCAGCAUCGUCAGAAAUCGAAACAGCGCUGAUGUGCAAUAGCUUUCCAAGGUAA